GCAAGCUGAGUGAGAAAUUUACAUAAUAAGGUCCUACAAGAGAACUUCUAUUUUAUACUGCAAACGAUUACAAUAUUAUUCCUGCGUUGCAAGUUAGUUGACACGGUUUUUCAACAAGAUUGAAAGCAUUGGCUGGCUUCAAACUUUGCUCACACUCACGACUCACACACGUACAUUGAUCUGGGAUCUUGAAAUUGAUUGAAUUUAUGCCAAGUGUUGUCCACGUGUCCGGCUUUGUACAGUUUCAGUGAGCAAAAUAAUAAGAUCAUUCUACCUCGAUGGAUGUCAUUGAAGGUGGUCAAUGUAGCGGCCAAAAGAGAAAGUUGAAUGAGCAGGAUGAAGAGAAUGAUGAGGGAGUGAAAAGACAGAGAGAAGAUGUUCAGUUGUCAUCUGACCAGCCAGUUAUUGUUAAUGAAAAGGAAGACACAGGAGGAAUAGAGACAACAGCAGUUGCUGAAGAUAAAGAGGAAGAUUGCUGUGAUAAAUUGCCUUCAGAUGAUGUCUGUAGAGAAAAUGACUCAGCUGAUGCUGAGAGCAAGAAGCUCUUGGAUCCCCUCAGCUAUACACAAGGAGAAGAAUUUACCUCUGAAAUCUACAAGAUCCAAAUCCACAACCUUCCAAAGUUUGGAUUCAGUCAACUGAAAAAGAGGCUAAAGUCUACUCUUGGGCUAAACCCUCACAAGAUCAAGAGCCCAAACAAGCAGUUUGUCACAUACGUGUGUUUCAGAAAUGAAUCUGACAGGAGUGAAGCUUUAGCAAAAAUAAAUGGCCAUGUGUGGAAAGGCAAAACUUUGGAGGCUAAGAUUGCUGCUCCAGUUGCGGACCCAUAUCUACAAAAGCAUCAUGGAGACAAAGGGAGACCUCAAGGUGGAGAUUGCAAGUCAAGCAGUGACCAGACAACCCCAGUGGAAAAACUGACCUUAACCCCCGAAGAGGCAGAGGAAAGACUGAAAGCCAGUGUGACCCCUCUCUGGAACACAGAAUAUCCUGAACAGCUGAGGAUGAAAACUGAGAAGAUAAGAGAAGUUUUGAAGAAAGUCACGCGACAUCAUUUUGUGCGGCACAUGUUUAAAUCUGAUUCUCAACUGGAUGGGAUGGCUUGUCCGCUUGAUCCUGUUGUUCCUUCUCCUAUUACGUCAGAGUAUCGAAACAAGAAUGAAUUCACCAUUGGUUAUGGACUUGAUGGGAAAACCAUCACGGUAGGUUUCCGGUAUGGUCUGUACAAAGAUGGAACUACGUCGGUUGGAGACUGCACUAACUUAAAGGUGGUCAUGCCCGCAGCUCUGCCUGUUGUCCAGAGUUUCUCACGUUUUGUGGCCAGCAGCAAGUGGCAGCCUUUCCAUCAGCAAACAAACAGUGGCCACUGGCAGACCCUGACUGUGCGGACCUACAGAUCUGGGGACGUCUUAGCCAUGGUGGACUUUGUACCCCGCAAACUUGGCCAGGAAGACGUUGAUGAGGCAAAAUCAGCUGUACAGCGCUACUUCACCACCGGGGAAGGAAAGGAUGUCAAGAUUACGUCUUUUUACUUCCGCACUGUGGGGGGCAAGGGUCAAAAUGGCAACAAAAAGACACAGGUGUUAUUUGGAGAGAAGCAUGUCUAUGAGCAUCUCAUGGGUCUGAAGUUCAGAAUAUCACCAGAGGCUUUUUUCCAAGUGAACACUCUGGCCACGGAGAAACUGUAUGAGUUGAUUGGUGAGUGGAGUGGUGUGGGCAGCAACACUACUGUGCUGGAUGUUUGCUGUGGGACUGGAACCAUUGCUCUUUCUCUAGCUAAGAAAGUGAAGGCAGUCAUUGGCAUUGAAAUGUGCCGUGAAGCCACAGAUGAUGCCAAAGUCAACGCCUCCAUCAAUGGUAUCACCAACUCGAUUUUCCACUGCGCUCGCGUGGAGGACAUCAUUGCCACCACUAUGUCCUCGCUGCCGUCCCGUGAUGAUGUGGUCGCGGUAGUGGAUCCACCACGUGCUGGUUUACAUAAAAAUGUGAUCAAGACCUUGAGGAAAAGUUAUGGGAUACAAAGGCUUGUGUAUGUGUCCUGCAAUCCAGAAAGUGCAAUGGAAAAUUUUGUCGAUUUGAUCCGACCUGCUACAGGCAAACUCAAAGGCCGACCCUUCAUGAUGGUGAAAGCUGUACCUGUUGACCUUUUCCCCGGCACAAAGCACUGCGAGCUUGUCAUUCUUUUCCAAAGAGAAAAACAAGAAGAUGGUGAAAGCAACAAAGAAGAGAGUACCACUGUGAAAGAUGGUGACUCUGGCUGUGUUCAGGAAAUAUGUGCAAAGGAUGAUGGGUCACCACACCAUAGAGAGAAAGAGAAGGAUGAGCAGGAAGAGAAAGAGAGGGGUGAGCAAGGAGAGAAAGAUGAGGAUGAGGAACAAGGAGAGAAAGAUGAGGAUGAGAAACAAGGAGAGAAAGAGAGAGAUGAAAAAUAGAUGUGUUUACGAUUCUGUUCUGUCCACCUUCUGUGUUUAAAGCAGGAAUGUUUUCAUGAACAUUACUCCAAACUUGUUGAGCCUUGCUUUUAUAAAUAAAGCAUUUUGAUAAAGUGAG